CUCUGCAUCUCAGCCAUCUCCUUCUCUCCCAGGCAGGCAGACCUCCUGAGCAGCAGCACCAGCCACGAUGAACCGAGCCAGCGGCAUGUCCAGCGCCUUCUCCGGGCGCUCCUUUGGUUCUGGAGGCACGGGUGGAGUCCGGGUCCAGAGGCAGUAUGCUUCCAGCGUGCAUGCUGGUGCAGGUGGAAGCGGAUCAAGGAUCUCAGUGUCCUCUGGUGGUUAUGGAGCUGGAGGUGGUGGUUAUGGAGCUGGAGGUGGUGCAGGAAGCAGCUACAGCUUUAGUAUUGGAGGGGGUUCAGGCUUUGGCGCAGGGGGCGACAUGGAUCUUCAUGUUGGGACCAACGAGAAGGCCACCAUGCAGAACCUGAAUGACCGUCUGGCCUCUUACCUUGAGAAGGUGCGUAAACUUGAGGCGGCCAAUGCUGAGCUGGAGCUGAAGAUCCGACAGUACAUGGAGCACAAAGCCGGCCCUGCCGCCCGGGACUACUCCGCUUAUGAGGCCACCAUUGAAGACCUGCGGAAAAAGAUCCAGGAUGCUAUUAUGGUGAACUCAGGCAUCAAUCUGGAAAGGGAAAACGCUGGCCUGGCUGCAGACGACUUCAGGGUCAAGUAUGAAAGUGAGCUGGGCAUGCGCCAGUCAGUGGAGGCAGACAUUGCUCAACUAAAGAGAGUUCUGGAUGAGCUGACGCUGAGCAGGUCUGACCUGGAGAUGCAGAUCGAAGGCCUCAAAGAGGAGCUGAUCUUCCUUAAGAAGAACCACGAGGAGGAAAUGGCAUCAAUGAGGACCCAAAUGAGCGGCCAGAUCAAUGUGGAGGUGGACGCCAAGCCACAGCAGGACCUGAGCAAGAUCAUGGAAGAGAUGCGUGAGCAGUACGAGGCCGUGGCUGCCAAGAACCAGAGAGAGCUUCAGAACUGGUUCGAUUCAAAGACAGAGACGCUGACCGUGGAGAUCGCUGAGAGCACAGAGAAUCUACAUUCGUCCAAAUCAGAGAUCAGUGAACUUCGUAAGACGCUGCAAGGCCUGGAGAUUGAGUUACAGUCACAACACAGCAUGAAAGCGAGCCUGGAAGGCACCUUGGCUGACACACAGAGCCGAUACGCCAUGAAGCUCCAAGGCCUCCAGCUGCAGGUGACGAGCCUGGAGGCCCAGCUGGUGCAGCUGCGCGCCGACAUGGAGCGCCAGGACCAGGAGUACAAGAUGCUGCUCGACAUCAAGACACGACUGGAGAUGGAGAUCGCAGAAUACAGGAGGCUGCUGGACGGAGAGGCCGGCACCGGUUCCAGUUCCAGCACCUCCACCUCCACCACUACCAAAAAGGUCAUCGUGGUCACGGAGGAGAUAAAGGAUGGCAAGGUGGUCUCAUCAUCAACCUCAAAGUCAUAACCGGGUUCACAGAAAACACACCAGAGUACCUGCAGGCACAGAGUCAGCACCACUUCCUGUAGUUACUCAUGUGAACAAAAUAAAAGCCUCAGAGUCUC